UAAUUCUUUCAUUGUCAUUAUUCAUAUUCUAAUGAAGAAAGUCACAAGAUACAUUUAUCAUAUAAAAAGGAUUAUAAAUAAUAUAAAGAAAAGAAAUUAAAACUUUUUUUAUUUUCUUUCAAUUGAUCCUUUUCUCUCUUUUUUGUUUUGUUUUCUUUUUUUUCGUUGUUGCUGUUGGUGUUGUUGUUGUUACUAACUGACAAACUUCUUUUAUUUAUAUUUAUGUGUAUAUCAUUAUUUUGAUAAGAGUAUUAGUAUUAUUAUCAUCGUCAUCAUCAUCAUCAUCAUUGUUACCUAUUAAAUUUACACUUGUUAUAUAUUGAAAUAUCCAUUCAAAAACGUGUUCAAUUCAGUGUUUUAUGUGCAUCGGUAAUCGAUUAUGCAGCAAAACAUUCAAACCACGUAAAAAUAUCUCUGAAACUAAUAAUAAUAAUAAUAAUCCUUCUACUAAUACAAGUAAUCAUAAUCCUACUAUUGGUAAUAAUAAUAAUAAUCAUGAUGUCAAUGGUAAACAAAAUGAUUUAUUACCAGAAACUGCUGCAACAUUGGGUAGUGGAGAUUUACGUUUAGCUGUUCGUCUACCUGAAGGUGAAGAUCUACAUGAAUGGAUUGCUAUAAACACUGUAGAUUUUUUCAAUCAAAUUAAUAUGCUUUAUGGUACAUUACUUGAAUUUUGUACGGAUGAUACAUGUCCAAUUAUGUCAGCUGGUCCAAAGUAUGAAUAUCAUUGGGCUGAUGGACAAACAGUGAAAAAACCAUUGAAAUGUUCUGCACCACAUUAUAUUGAUUGUUUAAUGAUAUGGAUUCAAAAACAAUUGGAGAAUGAAGCUAUAUUUCCAUCGAAAAUUGGUGCUCCAUUUCCACGUGAUUUUCUUAAUGUAGUCAAAGUGAUAUUAAAACGUUUAUUUCGAGUUUAUGCACAUAUUUAUUAUCAACAUUUUUCUGAAGUACGAGAUCUACAAGAAGAAGCUCAUUUAAAUACAAGUUUUAAACAUUUUAUAUAUUUUGUAUUGGAAUUUAAUUUAGUUCAAAAACGUGAACUUGUUCCAUUACAACACUUAAUUGAUUUAUUAACAACAAAUGAAUCUACCACAAAUGAUGAACAUAAUAGUAAUGAUAAUGGUUCUACAUCACAUAAUUAUUCAUUACAUACAACUACUAAUGAUAAUAAUAUAAGUAGUAUAAUCAAUGAUAAUUAAAUAUUACAUAUAGAUAUAAUAUAAGUAUAUAUAUCUUUCAUAAUAAUCGUUAUCAUUGAUAACGACAACGAUCAUAAUCAUGAUUUAUGCCUUAAUCUAUUCUUAUAUUGACUUCUUUCUUUGAUAUAUAUAUAUAUAUAUAUAUAU